GCAAUUUGUUCUGGAAGGGCGUGCAACGAAUUGUCAUCACUUCGGGGCGGUAUUCUGUUGUUUUCUAGAUCCAUCUUUAGACAAAAAGGGAAGGGGUUGAUGGUGUUGUGGUAUUUAUGCUCCAACUUCAACCGAGCUUUAGUACGCGUAGUACCUUCAUUUAUCCCGGCGUUGGCUUCAUCCAGGUCCUUCCAUCGAUCCAGGAGUCUAGAUAUGAACGCAGACGAGUUCAGGAAGGCGGCUCACGCUGCUAUAGAAGAGAUCAUUGCAUACAAUCAAAAUGUAGCUGAUUACCCUGUCCUGCCGACCAUCAAGCCUGGAUUCCUGGCACCUCAAUUACCCAAGUCAGCACCGGAAAAACCACAACCGUGGUCUGAGAUCCAGCCUGACAUCGCGUCCAAGAUUGUGCCAGGCAUCACGCACUGGCAGUCGCCCAACUUCAUGGCUUUCUUCCCGGCCGGAGUGACCUACCCAUCCAUGCUGGGCGAGAUGUACUCGGCGGCAUUCACGGCUCCGGCGUUCAACUGGCUGUGCAGCCCGGCCUGCACGGAACUUGAGACCGUGGUGAUGGACUGGCUUGCGCAGGCGUUUGACCUGCCCAAAGAGUUUCUCAGCACGUCUCCCAGUGGCGGCGGAGGGACGAUCCAGGGUUCGGCAUCCGAGGCCGUGGUGACGUGCAUGGUCGCUGCGAGAGAGCGCUAUCUCCAUGGCAAAUGUGAUGCCGAGGGUCUUCCGCCGGACUCGAGAGAGCGAGAGGAUCGAAUUGCGUACUUGCGCGGACGACUGAUCGCGCUGUCGUCCGACCAGACGCACUCGUCCACGCAGAAAGGCGCGUUGAUCGCGGGUACGAGGUACCGUGCUAUCCCGACGAAGCUCGAGAACGGGCUCUCGCUGAAGGGACAAGAUCUCGAGGCAGCUCUGGCACAGUGUAACGAAGAAGGCCUCGAACCAUAUUACAUCACACUUACGAUGGGCACGACUUCGACUUGCACGACGGACGACUUUGAGAGCCUGGCUCCCGUGCUCAAGGCCCAUCCAAACCUGUGGGUGCAUGUCGAUGCAGCAUAUGCCGGCGCCGCUCUGGUCUGUCCGGAGUACUCUUCGAAGUAUUCACCCUGGAUGAAAGUCGCAGACUCCUUCAACAUGAACAUGCACAAGUGGUUGCUCGUCAACUUUGAUGCGUCGUGUCUGUUCGUGCAGGACCGGAACCAUCUCACGCGUGCAUUGUCGAUUUCCGCCGCAUACUACGUCAACAAGCAUACGGACAGUGGUCUCGUCACGGAUUACAGGGACUGGCAGAUUCCGUUGGGCAGACGGUUUCGUGCACUGAAGAUAUGGUUCGUCAUGCGCAGCUACGGUCUGGAAGGCAUGAGGGAGCACAUCAGGAAGACUAUCAAGAUUGGCGAGGUGUUCGCUGAUCUUGUCCGAGGCCGCUCCGAUCUUUUCGAGAUCAUCACCACGCCUGCCUUUGGUCUAACUUGUUUCAGAGUCAAACCCUCUCUGGUCUCGUCGGGAGGGACGGCUGAGACAGACGCAGAUUUUGUCCCGCAGGUAUCGGCCGCGCAACAGAGAGAGCAGGAUGCCAAUGCGGUGACGAAGCAGAUUGGAGACUUGAUCAAUGAGCGUGGCGAAAUCUUUAUUACCUGCAGCAGUACGGCAGGGAAGGCUUUCAUGCGGGUAGUCAGCGGCAAUCCGAAUGCGGAGGAGAAGUAUGUGAGGGCGGCGUUUGACAUCAUUGUCAAGACCACGGAGGAAGUGCUGGCGGCUGGCUCUGACAAGGGGGGAGGCAAACAUGCAGCGAACGGGCAUGCGGUAUAAAUAUAGAUGUCGAGGCAUACAUAUCGGGGAAAAGGCGGUGUUGUACAUAUGUUUAGGAGCGGAUCGAAUUGCAACCCAAAAUGAGGGUUCUUGAGCAAUAUAGACAAUCACGAGAUUUUCAGGUAGAUUCGAAAGGAAUGUCUGCUUGGCACCAAUAUGCAUGGGACUUGCGAAGAAGCAUGGACUGUGUAAGGUAUUG